AAAAGCGUAAGCAGAAACCAGGAAGCACGGCAGAAUAAAGACAUUGCUUCAGUAGAGUACCAUACUAUAUAUUUAUAUAUAUUUUGUGAAGAAUAAGCUUUUUUUUAAUCUAGCUUUGUCUGUGGUGAUAUUUAGAAACCAGCAUUUGAUUUUUACUAGUAUUAGACGUUGGCUACGAGCGCACGGGGGGACGACUCUAGUGGCCCCUCCCUUCUGCCGCAUCUGUCAUCGGGGUAGAGUCGGGCAGAUUGUGUGGAGAUGGCAGCACCGGUGGUCGGAGGCGACAGGGUGAACAGCAACGAGCAGAUAUUGGCCAUCGGAGCCGACUUGCUGAAGGACUUCAUCUAUGAGCGUGUGAGGCGCCAUGCUGAGGGGGAAGUCUCAGUGACCCGCAACCAACUGGAAAGCUCCGAACUGUGUGACCCCGCCCACAGGCAGCUGGCACAGUGUCUGCAGAAGAUCGGCGACGAGCUGGAUAGCAAUGUGCAGCUGAAUGAGAUGAUAAAUAAUACUGCACUGAGGCCUACUAAGGAGGUUUUCUGGAGCGUGGCCUGUGAGAUCUUCUCUGACAAGAAGUUCAACUGGGGCAGGGUGGUGGCACUCUUCUAUUUUGCCUGUCGCCUGGUCAUCAAGGCCCUAGUGACCAACAUCCCUAAUAUAAUCCGCACCAUCAUCACUUGGACUGUAGACUACCUGCGGGAUCAUGUUGUCAGCUGGAUCAGGGAGCAGGGAGGCUGGGAAGGCAUCAAGUCGCACUUUGGCACACCCAUGUGGCAGAUGGUGGGCGUGUUCCUGGCUGGAGUUCUCACCACUGUCCUGGUCACCCGCAAGAUGUGAGAAGCGAGGGAACACAUCUACGUGGGAGAGUGGAGUGGAGCAGCUGCAGAGCUCCUGCAGUGCCCAGACCUUCCACCGGGGGCAGCAUGGGAAACAUGCUAAACCGGUCUCACUGUGGGGAGCUGGAGAGCUGACAGCAGCCAGACCGUCAGCAGGGGUGGCUGAAAUCCUUCCCCCACAUUUCGGGCUGUGUACAUGCCCCCCCACUGUGCUCCCUGCACUGACAGUACACACCCGAUGUGAUACUGACCUCUUUCAGCAUAGUGUUAAUGUACUGUACAGUGAAGCAGCUCCUCUGAAACCUGCACGUCUCCUACUCUGUUCCCUCUACACUUUUGACAGCAUUUCUAUGGUGUUUCAUAAAAAAAAGAAAAAAAAAAGAAAAAAAAAAACAUUCUGCUUUUUUAGUUGAUGGUGCCUUCCAGUCUUUUCCAAACAGGACUUUGAUAUCAGUCUCAAGUUUUCUACACCUCUGUAUGAUUUUGCUGUAUGAAUUUCCCCCAUGGCUGGUUUUUUGUACCAUUUUAAGAUUUUUAUGAAUUAAAAGUAUCCACAACCUG